AUGAAUUCGAAAAAUAUAAGUAAUGACCAACGAUAUUUUGAAUCGUAUGAUCAAGUUCAAGUUCAUGAAUUGAUGUUACGUGAUCGUCCACGUGUUAGUGCUUAUCAUGACGCCAUUAUGAAUAAUAAACAUCUAUUUGAAAAUAAGGUUGUACUUGAUGUUGGAUCUGGAACAGGCAUAUUGAGUAUGUUUGCUGCUAAAGCCGGUGCUAAACUUGUCUAUGCUGUUGAUGCCUGUCCAACGAUAUGUAAUUUAGCAGCGCAAAUAAUUAAAUGCAAUGAUUUACAGGAUCGUGUUCAAAUUAUCAAUAAACGUGUUGAAGAAAUCGACAAGUUUGAUGAAAAAAUUGAUAUUAUUAUCAGUGAAUGGAUGGGUUUUUAUCUUUUUCACGAAAGUAUGCUUGAAUCCGUAAUAUAUGCUCGUGAUCAUUUUCUUCGUUCAUCAGUACAAAACGAUGAUAAUACAUCUGAACAAAAUGAGUCAAUUGUUAUUUUUCCUUCGCACGCAUAUUUAUAUUGUGCUCCAUUUAUGGAUCAAAAUAUACGCAUUGAAUUAAAUACAAUGUGGAAUGAUUAUUUCAAUCUUAAUCUCUCGCCUAUCCGUCAACAUAUAAAAAAUUCUGAUCUUAGCGAAUGUGUUAUUGAAACAAUCGAACCAUCUCAACUUGUUCAUGAUGCUCAAUUAAUUCAAUCGAUUGAUCUUCGUACCGUACGAAUCGAUGAACUCCAUUCAAUGCGUUCAUUCUGCGAAUUUACUAUGGAUAAUACAUGCAUUAUAUCGGGAUUUUGUUUUUGGUUUGAUUGUUAUUUUUCUACAAAUGAUAAUUCAUCAAUUUUACGUUCCACACGUUUAACAACAAAUCCAUCGUCACCAAAAACCCAUUGGAAACAAACACUUGUUUUCUUACCGGAAGAUAUUUAUCCAUUAAAAAAUGAUAUUGUACCAGUGAAUAUUAAAUUAAAACAAUCAGCUACAAAUCGAAGACAAUACGAUUUAACCAUAUCUAUUAAAAAAAUCAAAGAAAAUUUAAAUAAUAAUGACGAAAAAAUUCUAGUAGAAAAUUUAAAUAAUAAAAGACAACGUAGACGCUCAUCAACAAUGUCAACAGAUAAACAUAUCACAUCAGAAAGUCAAACUAUGGAUGAAACAAGCGAUAGUUCAUCAAGUGAAAGUGAUAAUGAUAGUAGUGCAUCAGAGGAACAUCCAAUACCAUGUUCAUGUGAUCGUGAAAGAUGCAAAUUAAUUAAGAUAAUUAUUGAAAAAUAUGAUGAAGAAAAUACCAUCGAAUAA